GCUCCACUAAUAUUUUGACACAUACUCUGAAUGGAAUCCAACAUACACAAACAGCAACGUUGCAUAUAAUAUUGGGGCAUCUAAAGUCAGUGGAUAUGUGCACCUUCAGUAGCCCUAUCAAGCUACUUCGCUUUGGAUUCUCUUCUAUGUUUGGCUUUGGAUCAAGGACUCUAGCCUUGGCUGAAAAGCAUCGCUGGAUUCCACCAAAUCAGCGCAAAGAUUUUGCUGUAAUCAAGACCCUAGCAAGCCUCAGAAGGAAGGAAGGGAGACUUAAAUCAGACCGCACAGGUGAAUGGCAGAGAAUCGAGGGUCACUUCCUGAACGUGAGCAUUAUGGCGAUCCCUUGUCUCUGUUCAGUGGCACCAAGAGGCUUGGCUCCUAAUACCAGAUUGGAUGAUGGAAGCAUAGCUCUUAUAACUGUAAGGAAUACUUCCCGGCAAGAAUUCAUUAAACAUUUGAAAAGAUAUGCUAGUCUGAAAAACCAGUUCAGCUUUCCUUUUAUUGAUACUUACAUUGUUGAAGAAGUAAAAGUCUGUCCAAGAAUUGGAAUGAAACAUAUCCCUGCAGAUAAUCUAAAUUGCAUAGAUUCUGAAGAAAAUACAUUUCCCUGGAAUAUAGAUGGAGAUUUAGUGGAAUGGGCAUCAGAAGUUCAUAUCCG